GGUAGGCAAGGCGGCUGGCGAAGCAGGUAGUCAAGGCAGACGCGGCCAAGUGUCGGUGUGCUUGCUGCAAGUUCGCUCUCGUGUCAGGGGUCGAGGCAGCGCCGAAUGGGCGACGAGGGGCGAUGAGUGGCCCAGGGCCCCGCGAGGAGCCCACCUAGCACCACCAUGUCGCAGCGAGACCUGUCCGAGAAUGAGUUGGAGGCGCCGUCAGAGCUGCCGGCGGCCAACAGGCUUCUCUUCCUCGAGAAGGUGCGCCAGUCAAACGCGGCUUGCCAGAGCGGCGACUUCGCCAACGCCAUCGCCCUCUACACCGAGGCUCUCCUCAUCUCACCAGGACACCCGGUUCUCCUCUCCAACCGAUCCGCGGCCAGGAUCAAACUCGGCGAUUUCCAGUCAGCAUUGCAAGACGCUUUGGCCGCGAGGGAAGCCGAGCCGCGAUGGCCAAAAGCCUACUUCCGUCAAGGGGUGGCCCUGCAAUGCCUCGGCCGCCAUGGGGACGCACUGGCCGCCUUCAGUUCCGGCCUGGGGCAGGACCCAAAGUCCACGCAGCUGCUAAAUGCGCUGAUCGAGGCCGCCAUGAAGUCACCUUUGAGAUCAACACUUGACCCCACGUUCCGACAGCUGAAGGCGAUGAAGUUAGAUUCUUCACCAUUUGUCAUCAUUUCGGUCGUGGGUCAAGAGCUGUUGGCCGCUGGCCUGUACGCUCCGGCGGUCGUGGUGUUGGAGGCUGCUCUCAGAAUCGGCACAUGCAGUCUCAAACUUCGUGGUUCAGUCUUCUCAGCUCUGUCAUCGGCCUACUGGGCUUUGAACUCGCUGGACAAGGCAAUCAGCUACAUGCAGCAAGACCUAGCGGUGGCGAAGAGCCUCGGCGACAUCGCUGGCGAGUGCAGGGCGCACGGAAACCUCGGCUCUGCAUACUUCAGCAAGGGCAGCUUCAAAGAGGCGCUUACCUCGCACCGUUACCAGCUCGUGCUCGCCAUGAAGUGCAGGGACACGCAGGCGGCCGCGGCCGCCCUCACUAGUCUGGGCCACGUGUACACGGCCAUCGGGGACUACCCCAACGCGCUGGCAUCUCACAAGCAGUGCGUCCAGCUGGUCAAGCAGAUGGGUGACACCCUGCAGGAGGCCAGGGAGAUCGGAAAUGUCGGCGCCGUCUACCUCGCUAUGGGCGACUUUGACAGUGCCGUUGACUGCCAUACACAACACCUGAGGUUAGCGAAGCAACUGGGCAACAAGGUAGAGGAGGCGCGGGCCUACAGCAACCUCGGCUCGAGCCACCACUUCCGGCGCAAUUUUGAAAAGGCGCUCGCCUUUCACGAGCACGUGCUGCGCAUCGCCCUGAAGCUCAAGGACCGGUCGGUGGAGGCGAGGGCCUACGCUGGGCUGGGCCACGCUGCCAGGUGCAUGGGCGACUACACGCAGGCUAGAAAGUGGCACGAACGGCAGCUCGACUCGGCGCUCGCCACCAGGGACAGGGUCGCCGAGGGCAGGGCCUGCUCCAACCUAGGAAUCGUCUACCAGCUGCUCGGCGACCACGACGCCGCCCUCAAAUUGCACCAGGCUCACCUGGCAAUCGCCAGAGCACUCGGGGACAGGGCAGGCAUGGGACGCGCCUACGGGAACAUGGGAAACGCGCAUAGCGCCAUGGGCUACUACGAACAGGCCAUAAAAUUGCACAAACAAGAGCUGACCAUCAGCAAAGAAGUGAACGACAGGUCGUCCGAGGCGUCGACCCACGGCAACCUGGCAGUCGCCUACCAGGCGCUGGGGAUGCACGAGAAGGCGCUGAUGCACUACAGAGCGCACCUAAACAUCGCGCGCGAGCUGAAAGACGCGGCGGGUGAGGCGUGCGCCCUUCUGAACUUGGGGAACUGCCACAGCUCGCGAGCGGAGUUCAACCUAGCCGUGCCUUUCUACGAGAACUACCUGAUGCUCAGCCAGGAAAUGCAUGACGUCGAAGGAGAGGGCAAAGCAUGCCACCUGCUCGGAUACGCGCAUUAUUGCCUUGGGAACUACAAAGAGGCUGUUCGCUAUUAUGAUCAGGAUUUGGCGUUAGCAAAAGACCUGCAGGACCGAAACUCAAUGGCAAGGGCGUACUGCAACCUGGGUCUGGCUCACCUGGCCCUGGGAGCGCACGCGACUGCACUAGAGUGCCAAAAGUACUUUCUUGCCAUUUCCCACAUGACCAAAAACGCCGCUGGCAAAUUCCGCGCUCUCGGCAACAUGGGUGAUGUCCUCGGCAGGUCGGGUAAUAUGGAGGAGGCUGUGAAGAUGUAUGCCAGGCAGUUGGCCCUCGCCAGGAACAUCGGCGACCGGUCUCUCGAGGCGGCUGCUUACGGUGCCCUCGGGAGGGCCAACAGGACGCUCGGAUUUUUCGACAAGGCGCUGGGAUUCCACACUCAGGAGUUAACCCUGAGGCAGGAAAUGAGCGACGUCCGGGGCGAGUGCAGGGCGCAUGGUCAGCUAGGCGCUGUGCACAUGUCCCUGGGCAACUACACACACGCAACAAAGUGUUACUCAGAGCAGCUGGAAAGAGCAAGGGAGGUUGGAGAAGCAGCCCUGGAAGCUCAAGCCUACGGCAAUCUCGGAAUCGCCAGACUGAAUAUGGGCCACUACGAGGAUGCUAUUGGCUACCUAGAGCAGCAGUUGGCUACUUUAGAGCCUCUUUGCACACCAACUUCAUUGCUUGAUAAGGGCCGAGCUUUAGGCAAUCUUGGCGAUUGUUACGAGGCUCUUGGAGACUGGGAAGAAGCAAUCCGGUGCCACGAGCAGCACCUCAACCUGGCCAAUCAGCUGCACAGUCCACGCGACCAAGAACGCGCCUUUCGCGGCCUAGGAAACGCGCACCAAAGCUUGGGCCACCUUCAGCAGUCGCUAGUCUGCUUCGAAAAAAGACUUGUGGUGGCCCACGAGCUGGGCAAUCCUGACGCCAAAAUGGACGGUUACGGGGACCUGGGACAGGUGCAUGCCGCCCUCGGGCAGUUUGAACCAGCUGUCAGUUGUCUCCAGCAUCAACUCUCCAUCGCAAGAGAUCUUUGUGACAAGGCCGCAGAGGGUGAGGCUGCCAGUGGUCUGGGCAGUGUUUUGCAAAAGACUGGCGACCUAGAAGGCGCUCUUCGACACCACACACUGCACCUGGCACUCGCGGAAGAACUCGAGAUGAGCUCAGCCCAAGCCAAAGCCCACGGUAACCUGGGCGUCACUCACGAGGCCCUGGGAAAUAUGAUGGAGGCCCAGCAAUGUUACGAAAAGCAACUGGAACUAUCCAUCCACACGAACGACCAAAUCCAGCAGAUAUUCGCCUACAGCUCACUUGGCCGUGUUCAACACGCCCUUGGUGAUUCGGGCGCCGCUGCUAACAACCUGGCGAGGGCUCUUUCCUUAGCGCAGCUCCUGGGUCGAAGGGAGGAGGAGGCCAAGGCCCGCCAUCGAUUGGGCCUGGCUCUGUGGGCUCAGGGAGACAUUUCGGCCGCUGCAUCUCAACUGGAGCGGUCAGCCACAAUGCUGGAGACCCUGCGCAAGGAGACCAAGGACCCUGAUGGAAGGCUGGCGCUUUUUGAUCUACAGACUGCGUGCUAUCAAGCUCUGGUUAAGGUCCUGGUGUCUCUAGGCCGCACGUCUGAAGCGCUGCUGGCUUCAGAAAGGGCUCGUUCCAGAGCUCACAAUGACCUAAUCGAGCAAAGGAGAGGAAUCAAUCCAGGCCAAAGAAGUUCAGUUUUACCAGAGGCAAAUCCAGCUUCUCUUCACUCACUCCUGUCCAUUGUGGACCACCAAAAAGCAGCAGUCCUGUACUUCAGCAUUUCUGCCGGCUGUCUCCUAAGCUGGUGUCUUGUUCCUGGAAAAGGAGUCGUGCGUUUCAGUGAGCAGAAUUUGGACAAGGAUGACGAAGGUUCCAUCCUGGAGAACUACAUCCAAGCGGUCCGAGAGACUCUGGGCGUUGAAAUCGCCACCGGCUCGUCAAAGAACUUGCACAAGAGUAUGAUGGCGUUAUCCCUCAACGACGCCGGCUCGCAGGCUGGCAGUUCUGAGCCGGAAAUGACUGAGCUCUGGAGUCAGCAUCUGGAGCAGCUUGGCGAGAGACUCAACCACGAUGGGGACAGAACCGGUUUCCUCCGAAUGGUCAAUAGGAACCAUGCGUUCAACUGCUCCAACUACAGUUUAAGCAGUUUAUUCAGUGUGGCAAGCGGUCCGUCAACGUCCACCCCAAGCCGAGCAGGUUCCCAAAGAUCACGGAGGGCACCCUGGCAGGGUCCUGCCUGUAUUUCCGCCCUCUAUCACCUUCUCAUCGCUCCCUUUGAUGAAGUACUUACUCAAAAUGGAAGCCGUGAGCUGCUCUUAGUGCUCGACGGUGACCUGAUCCUGGUGCCGUUCCCUGUGCUGCGGUCAGCGGGCACAGCAGACUACCUGUGCGAGCGAUUCAGCCUUCUGGUGGUGCCGUCGCUGAGCUCGCUGUCGAGCAUGGGCGCCGCAGCGCAGCAGCAGGCGCGUCUACAGCGUCGCACCAACAAGACUUUGACCGAACUGAGUGCCCUGGUGGUGGGCAACCCUAAACUUCCGCCCAGCAUCACAGAGCAGUGGGGCUGGAACAACCUGCCGCUUGCCGAGCAAGAGGCCAUCAUGGUCGGGGAGCUGCUGCAAACCUCGUCGGCCCCCGCCCUUGCGCCCUCAGGGCCCACUCUGCUCGUCGGGAAAAACGCGUCCAAGCAGGCGGUGCUCACCAGACUGACCUCCGCUGACUGCAUCCACUUCUCGACGCACGUAUCCUGGCAGCUGUCCGCCAUCGUACUGGCACCGCCUUCUCCUACGACGGUCGAGAUGCCGUCAACGCUGCAGAAAAGAAUUGCGUCUCCUGAGGAAAUGGACCCGGAGGAAGAGAGUUCUGAACCAAGCUCUGAGCCAGCAUCCUUGUCUGAGUUUCUGUUAACCGCCGCAGACCUCGUGUCCCUACGCCUUAGAGCCAGAUUGGUUGUCUUGAGUUCUUGCCACACGAGAGAGCAGCAGACUUGGGCUUCCGCUGAUGGGGUGGUCGGCCUCACCAGAGCCCUGUUGGCCUCCGGAGUCCAAUGUGUCCUAUUGGCACUUUGGCCCGUACCUGACACAGCUGCCAAAAUCCUGCUCAGGGCAUUCUACUCUGCACUCUUCCAGGGUGCAAGGGUGAGUCGAGCCCUGGCCGAAGCGAUGACCACUGUGCAGCACACCAAGCAUUUUGCCCAUCCCGCCAACUGGGCCGGCUUCGUGCUGGUAGGCGCUGACGUCCGCAUCUGCUGCAAGGGGGCCCUCGUGGGCCAGGCCUUGGGCCAGCUGCUAGGCCGGCCCAGCGAGUGUCGUGACGCCCUCAGGGUGUCGCUCCACCUGAUCGAGAAGUCUUUGCAACGAAUCCAGAGAGGCCAGAAGAACGCCAUGUACACUACGCAAAAGUCGAUUGAGAACAAAGUCGGUGAGGUGCCUGGCUGGAGAGAGCUCCUGAUGGCCGUGGGCUUCAGGUUCGAGCCGGCGGCACAUGGCAUUCCCGCCUCCGUGUUUUUCCCACAAAACGACACAGGAGAGCGACUGUCCAAGGUCAGCUCUUCGCUUCAGGCGCUGCUUGGACUGUCUGCAACCAGCUUGCACGCCCUGUCACGACUAUUGAAUAAUACUGAAGCUGCUCGCGAGCUGAGCACAGUGCUACGUCGAAUCCAAACCACUUCCAACCCAGCAUCCGAGUUGGAAGGAUCUUCAUCAAGUUCCUCAGCCUCGCAAACUGGCUCAGUCAGCAAUUUUUCGACGUCCGCUUCAAGCACCGUUGAAGCAGCGCUAACUGUUAAGCUGUGGAGAGAACCUGGUGUCCACGAAUUGCUGGCUUCCCUUGGUCUUGAUUUGAUGGAAGUAGGCCAGAAUGAAGUGACCCUCCGAACCGGCAAGCAAGCCUCACGAAGGAACAUCCAGUUUGCUUUGACCGCUGUCACCACUUUGUUUGAAUCAGAUGAAUCACCUCGAAGCGCAAGUCCAGACUGGUCAUCGUUGAGCGACGAAGAGGGCGAAGUCGAAGAGUCGGACACCAUGGACUUAAACCACACGUUGGUGCCGACUCCUGGACCCCUAGUGCCGCAAAACUCCACGCCUCUCAACCCUCCACUCAUGCUAGGCCGUAGGGGUGCCUUCACCAGUUACGUCAGGAGGCGCGGAGAGCCAGAUGGAAGGACUGCCGUGGAGCCUGGUGUGACGCACUCAAGGGCCAGCGGCGGUCGAGAGAGUGACGCCGCCUUCACCCCUAGUCCUGUGGAGCCGCCAGCUUUGGCCCUCUCGCUCCUGCACCAGACCAAAAUCAAAAAUCUCUACACGCCAACCUCAAGCACUAUGACCACAGGUCGAAGGCGUCCUGACUCGUCAAGUAGCGCGAGCAGUUCGACCGCAACCACAACCGACUGGGAGGGCGCCGCCACGCUGACUAUGGUGCGGCGCCACGCACCCCUGCCGACAGCAUCGGCGCCACCGCUGCCGCCAGCCAACCUUCCAACUAUGCCUCCACCAAGGCACAGCUCACACAGCUCCGACUCCUCAGACAUUGCCACCCCUCCCCAGAGGUCUUCAAGGCUCUCCGUUGCCCCGGAGACACACUGCAUUCAGGAUCACAUAAUUGCCACGCAGUUGAGACGGCUCCAACACCAACUGGCGCCUAUUUCAGAUGUCUACCACGAGAGAAGACUCGGUCUAGGUUUGGCGCCGACCCUGAGUUCCCUCCUGAUGGAGCAAGCAGCCGAACAGCAGACACCUUCCGUUGUCGAGAGCUCGAGCUCUGCGUCAGGUCGGGACCAGGGUGAUGGUGGCCUGUGUUCCUUACUCGAGGAACUUGCCGCUGAAAAUACAGACUCCUCCAGUACCAGUGGCACCAGCAGCAAACUCCUGCUAAACUCUAGGAAUUUGCUGUUGCAGAGUAAAGUUUUCCACUCAUCAGGAGACAUGGUUUAAAAGGAGUUGAAAGAAAAUCCUAUCCCAUGAAAUGUGAUAUAUCGGAAGAAUUGGAAUUGCUUCUCUCUGCCUUUAUGGACAGAAAAAUUACUUUGUAUAGAUCUUGUAUGAGAGAUGAGCAAUAAAUCAUGCAAAAUAAUAAAACGAACAGAAUGCGCAUGUUUU